UCUCGGAGCUUGAGCCUGUGUGAAUGGCUAUGAACUCAAUUCUGCAUGCUCGUGGCAUCGAAAGUCCUGCUGCUGCUGCUGCUGCUGCUGUGUUAUCAUGUACAGACAGUGCGAUGUCAGCAGCUCCAGGUUUAGGCCUCUUUCGAGGUGCAGCUGGAGAUCUGUGCAGGGAGAGUCUGAGGCGAGGUGGAUAUGGUUCACUGUCGGCCCAGAAAGCUUCGCAAUUGGUGAAGAAAGGAAGGAAAUUGGGAAUCAUUUCGGCGUCCUCUAGUGCCGGAUCGUCGACGGAGAGUGCUCGAGAUCAAAAUGGUGGAGCAGCAUUAUUCCCUCUGUCUUCCGUGCAGUCUACCCUUCAUCGAUUGCGCAGGGCAGGAAUCAUUGCCUGCUUGAGAACCACCAGCGCAGAUGUUGCGCUGGAUGCUGCUCGGGCAGCGCUGGAUGGUGGGCUCACUACGGUCGAGGUCACCAUGACGACUCCUUCAGCAGCCAAGAUCAUUGAUUGUCUUGUGCGGGAGUAUCCAUCGGCAACCAUCGGAGCUGGUACUGUUCUAUCCAUGCAGGAAGCAGAGGUGGCCAAGCAGGCUGGAGCCAAGUUUCUCACGAGUCCUGUCACCAUGGAGGACAUGGUGCGAGCACAUAAAGAUGGACCUGUUCUCUUCAUACCUGGGACAAUGACACCCACAGAGGUCGAAGAUCCACUCUCUCUAGGCUGGACGAUUGCCCUCCAGGGUCCUGCUUCUUAGACGCAGGCUUAUGAGAACCAAUUGGUCCACGUUCAGGCUUAGAGUUUCAUCCGAGGCUGUAAAGGCGCUGUGCUUCUGAUGAUCAUUUUGGAACUUUGGAUGCAGGUUGUGACUGCCCACUGCUUGGGAGCAUGCGCUGUGAAAGUAAUUCUCCACCUUCAACCUUCAAUCUUAAUUCUUUUCAUGGAAGCAAACAUACGUACGUGUGUCAGUUUGUGAGUACCAGAUUGAUGAGACAAAGAGGUGUUUACAGUCGGUCUUACGAGUGCCAACGUCUCAAUAAACAUUAAAAGUAGGCAACCUUUCAACUUGAAUUGUCACAUUUUGGUCACUUGGGAUCCAUGGACGAUAGAAUGGGAAGUCUUCUGAUAUUUCAGAGACCGUUCGUAGACCCAGUUCUUGGGCUCGUGAACCGACUUGGAUUGUUUUGUGUUACGUUGCAGUUAUUUCCAGUUGCUCUCUUAGGAGGUGUCCAAUACGCCCUGGCUCUGCAGCGGACGCUGCCACACAUUCCUUUGAUUGUGUCCAGCGGCAUUUCUUUAGGUGAGAAGGGAAUGUGAUUUGAACGAGAUUGCACCGAAGAACAGUAGUACCUUUUUUUCCAGUAUGGAUGUGAUUGUUCCAUCUGUUGACUUGACUUCGGAUUCGUGAACCUGACGGGCAUUUGCCUGCAUCGUGACUUGUCAGAUAUGGUGGAACCAUACUUCAGUGCAGGUGUGAUGGCUGUCAUAGUGUCGGACGCUGUUUUUGGGAAAGCGGCUUUAGAAACUAGAGACUACAGCAAGAUCAAGACUCUCGCAAGUGCUGCUGCAUCCAAGUGCUUAUCAAGGUCGACUGAGACGUAAAUGGCGAGGCUUACCGAGGUCGAGGAUCUGUUUUGUGGAGGUGAUCAGCAACUGCAAGUUUGCCCUUCCACCAUACACGCUUAGUUGGUUAUUGGACGUAGGUCAGUUCCAAUACUUAAUCUGCAAGCAAGGGUGGUAGAAAAGAUGUCGGUGCCAAAUUUCAGAAAUAUGUUUGUAAGAUCGUCAAGGUGCGGGAUAGUAGAUCACGUAGAUGGAAUUGGAGUUUCCAGGCUGAUCCAUUUUUGCUGACGCAAUAUGUACUCAACUUACGUGGGCAAAUUUCAUGGAUCCGAUACUAAAUGUUCAAAACGCCCAGUAUAGAUUGUUGUUCAUGCACAUGUUUCCUUCCAACCCUUGCUUCGUAACCCCUUCUUAGAGACAUUUCCAGCUUUUCAUAUGUCCAGCAACUGCGCAGUGUACAUGAACACACAUCCCAGAGGUGCGGAAAGUGAUGUCUCG